GGAGGAAGCUGUAGAUCAGCUGAGGGAGGAGGAGCUCGGCCCCGCGAGCGGAGGAUACACAGCUCGGUGUGUACUGCCGAGUGUGCGCGAGGAGGCUCGGUGGGCGCAAACACGCACACACCGGCCCGGUAGCUGGCACCAUGAGGCGGAAUAAAGGCUGCGGUAUGCUGUCGGUGGCAGGCUUCCUGUCGCGCAGGGAGCUCCACGGGGAUCCGUUACUGAAGGAGGACUUCCAGAGGAGGAGGCUGCAGGCCUGCAGGAACCUCUACAAGAAGGACCUGCUCGGGCACUUCGGCUGUGUCAACGCCAUCGAGUUCUCCAACAGCGGGGGCAGCAUGCUGGUGUCAGGAGGAGAUGACCGGCGCGUUUUGCUGUGGCAUAUGGAAGAAGCCAUUCACUCGAGAGCUAAUCCCAUCCAGCUGAAAGGGGAGCAUCAUUCAAAUAUUUUCUGCCUGGCGUUCAACAGCGGAAACACCAGAGUCUUCUCUGGGGGAAAUGAUGAACAAGUGAUCCUUCACGAUGUUGAAAGCGGCGAGACGUUGGAUGUUUUUGCCCACGAAGAGGCUGUGUAUGGCUUGUCGGUCAGUCCGGUCAAUGAUAACGUGUUUGCGAGCUCAUCUGAUGAUGGGAGGGUUCUAAUAUGGGAUAUCCGGGAGUCUCAGCAUGGAGAUCCCUUCUGCUUGGCUCAUUACCCAUCGGCGUUCCACAGCGUCAUGUUUAACCCGGUGGAACCCAGGCUCUUGGCCACGGCUAAUUCCAAGGAGGGAGUUGGACUGUGGGAUAUUCGGAAACCACACAGCUCCCUGCUACGAUACGGUGGAAACCUUUCCUUGCAGAGUGCCAUGAGUGUGCGAUUCAACAGCAACGGGACUCAGCUUCUAGCACUUCGCAGGCGCUUGCCUCCCGUCCUGUACGACAUUCACUCGCGUCUGCCUGUAUUUCAGUUCGACAACCAGGGCUACUUCAAUUCUUGCACCAUGAAGAGCUGCUGCUUUGCAGGAGACCGGGACCAGUAUAUUCUAUCUGGCUCCGAUGAUUUCAACCUGUACAUGUGGAAAAUCCCAUCCAGCCCAGAAGCAGGUGGAGCCGGCAGAGUUGUGAACGGGGCUUUCAUGGUACUUAAGGGACAUCGUUCAAUUGUAAAUCAAGUGCGUUUCAACCCUGACACCUACAUGAUCUGCUCCUCUGGAGUGGAGAAGAUUAUAAAGAUAUGGAGCCCUUAUAAACAACCUGGAUGCUCUGGAGACCUCAAUGGAGAAAGUGAAGAUGACUCCCGCUCCUUGUAUACACAUGAAGAGUAUAUUGGUCUUGUGCUCAACAGCGGAAGUGGUUUGUCUCAUGAUUACGCCAGCCAGUCCGUUCAGGAAGAUCCACGAAUGAUGGCUUUCUUCGAUUCUCUGGUGCGACGGGAGAUUGAAGGUUGGAGUUCUGAUUCCGAUAGCGACAGCACCAUUUUACAGCUUCACCCUGGCGUCAGUGAACGUUCAGCUUACAGCGACUCCGAAUCUUCAGCUUCGUUACCUCCCUCGCCAGUGCAAACACCAGGGUUGUUUGACGAGACUGUCACUGCUGAAGAGUCCCAGAGGUCAGCAGAAUUCCCUUCUACAAGACAGGAGUUGUCAUCCCAUGAGCUACACUUAUUAGCAUUAAGAAGAUACAAUGAUAAGCGUCUGUGUGCCCCCUCCAACAACUCAGACACCGACGAGAACGCCUGCGAAACGGAAACAGAGAACGAGCCUCUUCCCCGGCCGCAGUCCCCAAUUCCAGAGGAAGAACUUUCCAGCACCAGUAGCAGCGAUGAAGAAAGCAACCUCAACGAUAGACGUGCCACAAUGCGUCAACGCAACGCGCUCCGCCAUCGCCAGAAAGUGCAACGGGAGGAAAGAGUCAAACUAAGCAACGAAAGCGCGACAACUGUUGUUGGCGAAGACGUGUACGAUUAUCCUCAAUUAACGGUGGAUGAACUUUCAACGUCUUCGGAUUCAUCACCCGAGAGAAGUCGGCCAAAGGAGGUGGGAAGAAAGUCUUCGUUUUGUUCUAGCAUAAACUCCGUCGAGAGAAAGAUAUACAAAGCUUAUAAGUGGCUGCAAUACUCGUAUACAUCCUACUCUAAAGGGAAAGAUGGAGAGCCGUCCAAUGCAGAUGGGGAAGGUGAAGAGGGAAGGCCAGGGUGUAGCGGACGGCGCAGUGUAUUGCCGCAUUCAAAUGACAAUCCCGUUGCAUCUCCUGCACAAGGCGAUGACGUUUCUUCAGACGCAAAGCAUUCUGCACAAAGAGAUUCCACGCCAGAAAGCCUUAGUACUUGUCAGAGCUAUCAGGGUGAGAAACCGCUUUCCUCAGAGGAUCUCGAGAACACUUCACAAGACAGCGGGUCCGUGGAGUGUCCCUCAGAGACUAAGAAACUGAAUGGGGUGUCCAUCCAUAGAGAAGCUUCACUUGGUUCAGAAGGUUCUUGUGGUCAGUGUGGAAGUGAAGAAGCACAAAGCAGCCAAAACUACCAACAGACUCUAAACCGGCGAUCCCCGUUAAGCCGAGAGUUUCCUCCUCCCGUGAAUACAAGCAUAGACCAUUCUAUUAAAAGCCAGGAGGAGGAGGAGGUAGAAGGUGAUCAGACGGACAUUCUCUGUACACAUCAUAGCAAUGGACAUUUACAUUGUCGUUCACCAGUCUCUAGUAAUAGUAGACAGAGCCGUGGUGGUGGACAAGAAGCUCCGGCGACAUUAUCUUGCUUUCACUCCAAUUUGGACAGUGCCGUCCCGUCACAGGGGGCAUCCCCAGUGCAUAGGGACUCGUGUCUGACGGCAGUAGGUACGCACACGUGUACCAAAGAGGUCUUCACAGAUCAUACAGACGCCGGUGGAUACCAGGCAUCCAGCGGAGUGAAAAGGCACCGGCCGGAUCACGAAGAGCCAGGGGACUCCUUUUCAGAGAAGAAAAGGAAAACAUAAAAAGUACUAAGAGUUAUGCAGUCGAGUUCAGAUGUGUGGCUAUGUGCUACUGACUCUCUAAGUCAAUAUAUACCUGGCUUCGUUGGUUUUGAACAUGUGGCACAGCCAAAGUUUAGUUUGCACUAAUGAAAACGGUUUCUCCUUUAAGCUAUUUUUAUAAUUUCCUCUUUCCCGUUCUGUUGAUAUUUGAGUGGACGGGCAUCUGGCGCUCCCCCACCCCAUCCCCAUGCUCUUGGGGGUAUCUUUAAUACAGAAUAUAAAAACUGUGUUGGUGGCUUUUGUUUUGUUACCUUCUAAGUGAUGAACAAUAGAGGAACGUACCAUCAAAUUCAUUUCCAAACAAGGCUUUUUUUUAUUUUCUGAACAAAUUUCUGUAUUUAGUAAUUAAUUUGUUUGCAACAAAACAGCUUUCAGAAUUACCCCACAGAUUAAAGAAAAACCCUUCUCCCA